AUGCCAGCAACAGAAUAAAUUAUUAGAGCUUCCUAAGCUUUAUAGGAGGAAAGUCAACCAACAAUUGAAUUAUAAACUUAGCGGGAAGAUAGUGAACUAUCUAGUGGAGAGGGAAUGUUAGACACUUCAAUGACUGCGGAAGAGUAAUCUGUAGUAUCUUCAAUUUCAGCCACUUAAAAAAGUGGCAAAGCAUCUAAAUCUUUGAUUUUAAAUCAUAAUCCAGAAAGCUUUGUUGACUUUACUAGAUUUCCAAGCAAAUUUGCGAAUGAAGAGGAGGCUCUUUCAACUUAUAAUGCCCUAAGUUUACCUUAUAAAAUUUAAUUCAAAAAAUUUCAAAGAUAGAGGGAUGAAAAUGGAUAAGUAAUAAAAUUCAUGCUAUGCUGUCAUAGAAAAGCGAUUUGCAAGCAAAGAAUUACCUAGGGUAUUACUAUAAAGUAAUCCUCCUUGGUUGAUUGUCCAGUUUCUGUGAGAUUUCGUUGGAACCCAGAAAAGUAGCAUUAUGUAAGAUGCAGAAAGAUGAUGAUGUAGCAUUCCCAUUAGCUUGAAAUAAAAGAUCGCCAUUUCAUAUACAAUGAAUAUGUGAUGUAAGAUAUUCAACUAUAUAUGGAUUGUCAAGUGCAACCAACAAUGAUUUAGACUUUAGUAAAUAGAAAAUAUAAUGUUAAUACAAAGUAUAAUGAUGUUUAUCAUAUGAUGAAGGUAUUAAAGCAUAUGAAUAAUAAAGAUUUAUCAAUAAGUAAGCCAGAUGUAACUGUGCUUAUAGAAUGCCUUGAAAAUAUGAGAAAGAGAGAUAGUGAGUUUAAAUUUGCUUAUGUUUUAGAAGAUUAAGACGAUUGUAAAUCAAGUUCCUAACCCAAAAUUGAUAGAAUGCUUAUUCAAACUCCAAUGAUGUCAAAAUAUUAUCAGACUUUUUCUGAUGUAGUGUUUAUGGAUGCUACAUAUAAAACUAAUAAGCAUGAUUUAGCUUUAACAAUCAUCUCAUCAGUAUCUGGUGAAGGUAGAAAUAUCAUUUUAGGAUUUGCUUUCCUAUCAAGAGAAACUGCAGAUCAUUACGAAUGGCUACUUUAAAAUCUUGUUGAGUUUAAUAAUGGUAAAGAGCCAGGAACUAUAAUCACUGAUUUUGACUCAUCUAUGUGCUGUGCUAUUGAAAAAGUGUUUGAGAAGACAACUCAUCUACUAUGUCAAUGGCACAUGAUGUAAAACUUGAAAAAGCAUUUUGUGUUUCUAAAUAAAACUAAAAAGCUUCAUUAAAAGUAACUCUACAAUCACAUUAUUGAAUGCAUUUAUACGCCAGAUCCUAAAAAAUUUCAAGAACUAUAGGAUAUUAUCUUCUAGUAGAGUGAAGAAUUAGAUGAACAAAGGAUGACUUAUCUUAGAUAAUUGUUCUAAAUAAAAGAGAAGUGGGCAUAUGCCUUUUAACCACACUUAUUUAAUGCUGAUGUUGAAAAGAAAGUAAUUGAGAAAUCAUUCAUAGAUCAUAAGCAUGAAAAGAAAGAGGUCAUAAACCAUCCACUUUUAAACUAGCUCUAUCAAAAUUAUUCAAGAUGGGCAUUUGAGUAAAUGCUUUUUUAAUACUAAGAGAGUCACAAAUUGUUAGUUAAAGUAACUCAAGGUAUUAAAAACAGAUAAGCUGGCCUUAUUUCUGUGGAGGAUUUAUAAGGUGAUAGUGCUAUAUUCUAGAUAAAAGAUCUCUAAAUCAGGGAGAAAUUUUAGGUCGUCUUGCUGCUCAACUAAGAUGGAGAAGUAACUUGCAAUUGCCAAUUUUUCAGAGGACUGAAUAUUUAUUGUGAGCACAUAUUUGCAGUCUUCAAUCACCUUUAAAUAAAAGAAACUAGUAAGUUCAGGCCUCUUUCAAGAUGGACAAAGGAAUGCUAGGGUAAUAUUUAUAAAGAGGAAGAAAAAGAGUUUCACAGAAAAUAUGAUUAUGGAAAUGGCCAGCUCAACUAAGGAAAUAAGUAUACAUUAAAUGGCAUUAAUAUGAUGAAUAAUUAAUUUCAUGGAGGAUCUUCUAGCAGUAAUCAAGGAAGUGCUUUUGGUGGUUUUGGAAAUAACUAAUCAGCUUUGCCAUUCAUAGAUGAUAUGUAAAAGACAGAUGACUCAGCAAGUGAGAAAAGGAAAAGAAAUUAAAAUAAGAUCCGAAUAAUCAAUAAUCCAGAGGACAAUUAAAAUGAGCUAUAUGAUGAUUCAGCUGAUAUCUAAAAAGUUACUUGGCUAAGUGUCCAAAAAGUAUUAAAACUCGACUAAAAUCUAGCUGAUCCCGAAUAACUAAUUAAAUGA